UUAUUCUGGGAGCAGGUGCCAUGCAUUCUGCAGGAUUAAAAAAUAUCACAGCAAAACAUUUGGCACUUGCAUCUCAAUCCCUCGGUGCUAUUAUUGCACUGAUACCAUUUAUUCGCGAAUGCAUUCGACACAAUCUUAAUGCUAGACAAGUGGUUAUGUUGACAGAAUUCGACCGGAUUAAAAGG